GGACCAUCUCCUUCCUUUAUAAUGCAACGGUCAUCUAUUAAAUACUCAAUAAAAAUAUUUCGAAGUUUGUUUCUCUGAACGAAAUUAAUGAUUAGUAUUCUCUAUCUCUUUGGUUGGAUAACAUUAACUUGUCAUAAGCUGAUACCUUCCUCACGUGUUCUCGAGUCAAAUCCUCAUUUGUUGUCAUUAUUAUAUAUUUUCGUUUAAUUAGUUUGAAUUGUGUUUAAAAUGAAAUACAAAAAGUUAAAAGGAGAUGAUGUAUCCAAAGCAACAUUUCAUGCCAAAGGUAAAAAACGUGAACAAGAAGCCCAAGAAAUUGAAAAUCUUUAUUCCAAAUAUGAUAAGGUCGAUCCUUCUGAGAUCGAAUCUUUCGCAGAUAUUCCUCUUUCUGGAAGAACUCAAAAAGGUCUUACUGAAAACAAUUACACAGUACCAACCAUUAUCCAAAAAGAAAGCAUCAUUCUAGCCCUCAGAGGAAAAGAUGUUCUUGGUGCUGCAAAAACUGGAAGUGGAAAAACUCUUGCUUUCUUGAUUCCAGUAUUAGAGGUACUAUUCCGCCAAAAAUGGUCAAGCCUCGACGGUGUUGGAGCUCUUAUUAUUACUCCAACUCGGGAGCUGGCUCUUCAGAUUUAUGAAACUCUCGUUAAAGUUGGAAAGUAUCAUGAGUUUUCUGCUGGACUCAUCAUCGGAGGGAAAGACCUAAAGUUUGAAAGGAAUAGAAUGCACCAAAUGAACAUUGUUAUUUGUACCCCAGGCCGACUGCUCCAGCACAUGGAUGAGAACCCUCUUUUUAAUUGUGUCAACAUGCAGGUGCUGGUCCUAGAUGAAGCAGAUAGGUGUCUUGAUUUGGGUUUCGAGAAGGCUAUGAACUCCAUCGUAGAGAACCUGCCAUCUCAAAGACAGACUUUAUUGUUCUCGGCCACACAGACCAAGAAAGUAAGUGACUUGGCAAGGCUUAGCCUGACUGAUCCAGAGUACGUAGCUGUCCACGAGCAUGAGAAGUACAAAACUCCAGAUGGUCUCACACAAAGCUUCAUUGUUUGCGAAACUCAUGAAAAAAUGCCUAUUAUAUGGUCGUUCAUCAAAGCUCAUUCAAGGCAGAAGAUAAUGAUUUUUUUUUCGACAUGCAAUCAGGUUAAAUAUUUUCAUGAAGUUUUCAAGAAACUUAGACCUAGGAAUCCAGUCAUGGCCCUUCAAGGGAAAAUGCACCAGCUAAAGAGGAUGGAAAUCUAUCAUACGUUUUGCAGGAAAGAGUAUGCUGUCCUACUUGCUACUGAUAUUGCUGCCAGGGGGCUAGACUUUCCUAGUGUUGACUGGGUGGUGCAAGGAGACUGCCCUGAAGAUGUCGAUGCUUAUGUCCAUCGUGUUGGCCGUACUGCAAGGUAUACACGCACAGGAGAAAGUCUUCUCCUUGUUAAUCAGAAAGAAAGUGCCAUCAUUGAAAAAUUAGAAGCCAGCAAGAUUCCAAUUUCUGAGAUCAAAGUGAAUCCACUACAGAUAAUAUCACCACAAGCAAAGCUUGAGCUGUUUGUAGCUAAGAGCAAUGAGUUGAAGGCAUCCGCACAACGAGCUUUUGUGUCGUACUUCAAGUCAAUAUUCCUGAUGAGGGACAAAACAAUCUUUGAUGUCAAAUCAGUUGACUCUUACAAUUUUGCAAGAUCAUUGGGUUUAAUAGCUGCUCCGAGGGUGCGAUUUAUACAACGAAUGGAGAAGAAGGGAUCGCAGAAACAAAAUUCUGAUGAUAAUGACCAAGAGGAGGAAGAUGUUCUUCAGACUAUUGAAAUUGGAAAUGUUCAAAAAGAAGAUAGGGAUUUUAUCUUUAAUGAUGGUGAUAGUGACGACAGUGAAUCUGAAAUGUUUGCCAUCAAGCGUAAAGAUCAUGAACUUGAAAAAGUAAUGGGAGAUGUUCUGGAACUUGAAGAUGAUGAAAUUUCUGAAGAAACUAAGUCAAAGUCAAAACCCGUCCUAACAAAGGCGAAGUUGGCUAAAAAAAUUCUUAAAAAAAACCUGCUACCAAAUAAAAAAAUUGUUUUCACCGAUGACGGAAAGGAAAUAGUCAGCCAAACGAAACAGAAGGUAACCGAAGCAGGACAAGAUUUCGAAGCCUCCCUAGGACCAGCCAUUAAUUUGGAAGAAGCGAAGAAGACAUUAGAACAGGAAGAUGUUCAUGAUCGCAAACUGUACUCAGAACUUGGUCGCCAAAAGAAGAGAGAGAGAAAACUAAGACAAAAGGGUAAAAGGAAAAGAGACGAGGAUCAAGAGAAGGACUCGUCAGAUGAGGACUCUCAGUCGGAACCAGACCUAUCUUGGCUUCCAGAUCCAGAUGAUGUCUAUGACAACCCUGAUGAGUCAGGUUCUGAAGAAGAGGGUGUAUCUAAAGUGCAAAAUCUGUCUCCGGAGAACAGUUUUAGCAGUAAAAAAUCUAACAAACCUGUUGCUAAGAAAAGGAAAAUACCAAAGAGCAACAUACGUACUAAAGCAGGAGAUGAAAUUGACUUACCACUGGAAGAGACAGAAGACCUUGCUCUCAAACUAAUCUCAUUGAAAAAUUAGUGUUAUUAUUGUAUAUUUUGUAAAUAAAAUAUGUAAAUAAUGUUGAAAUAUAUUUAUAUUGUUUUUUCUUCAUGAAGUAUUGUCUUUCUUUUUAAAAAAUGUAUAUUAUUUAAGAGAACGUAAUAAAAUACUUUGACAAACCUUA